UUGCUCCUCUGCUUUUUUGCCCCUUGAGUCCUUCAGCAUGAGGGGACUGUUAUUGCUAGCCUUGGCCAUCCCCGCAGUGCUGGCCGCCAGCCUGCCCCCAACUGACAAGCCCUUCACCUGCACGGAGGAAGACAAGGAGGCGGCCGCCAAGGUGGCUGAGCACUUCAUCAACCACCACCAUCACCGUGGUUACAAGUUCCGUCUCGACAAAAUCACCUCUGCCAAAGCAGAGAACAAGGGCACCCCUGAAUGUCAGCUGCUUCUUGAUUUGGCCUUAGGUGAAACCAAAUGCCACAUCAUCGACCCCAAACCAUUAGAGAAAUGUGAUAUUCGUGAAUUUGAUGACACACAAGUCAAGUCCACAUGCAGUGUGACAGUGAAGGAGACAGACGGGAAAGCAAUCGUUGAAAAAUACUCUUGCGAAACUAAUGCAGUACCUGCAGAGGAACUGAACAGACAGUGCCCUGACUGCCCCUCGUUGAUCCCCUUACAUGACCCCCAAGGUCUGGACAGCGUCCGCAGCGCUGUCAAGAAAUUCAACGAGGAGAAAAAGCACGAGAAACACUUCAGGCUGAUGGAGAUUGGCAGGAUGUUAACUCAGUGGACGUUCAUGGGACAGUCCAUCUUUGCUGAUUUUGCAGUUGUUGAAACUAACUGUACCGCUGACGUUAAAGCAGAAGAUCAGGACAACUGCCUUACUCUUUGUGACGAUGAAGCUCACCAUGGUCUCUGUGAGUCAACAUUGCUUGGGAAUGGUGAAGUGGAUGUUCAGUGCACUAUAUUUGAUAUCCAGAACGACACAAUUUUCCACCACCACACACCUCCCACUGUAGCCAACUGUACAAAACCGCCGUUUCCACAUCUGGACCCUGCAUCCCACCCUCCUUUUGGUAGACCUCCUCCUGGACCUCCAGGACCUCCAGGACCUCCAGGACCUCAAGGACGUCCAGGACACCCGCCUAGACACCCUGGAGGCUUUGGCCCCAUGGCUCCUGGCGGGCCUCCACCCAAACACUUUUUCCCCCAGUGUCCAGGCGUUGUGAAAAUCCCUCCGACGAUCCACCCCAUCUGUCCCUUCCCCCCUCCUCCUCCCCCCCAACCCCGACAUGAGCAUGACCCGGCGUCCCACCAAUCCCCCGUUUUUCAACUUUCAGCUCAGUGAUCUUUUAUUCUGCUGUUUAAGUACCAAAAUAAUGGCACAGCUCCAGAUAAUACUACAAACUAUUUAGUACCAGUAUACGGCAUCUAGAAUACUCAGCAUUUGACUGCAUGUAGUUGUGAACACUCUGUGUAGUUGCAGUUAUUAUGAUUUACAGGGAUAUGGGCCCAGCAGGCCGGGGUCUUUCUUGUGUUACUGUCAAUAAAGUUUGAUUGUUUUAA